AUGGGACAGCAUACCGAGGGCAAGGGCAAUACCAAGGUUGAGGCCCAGGUCAAGACUGAGGUCGAAGCCCCAAUAAACAUACGCUCAAAGAUCAAGAAAGGAAAGGCCAAAAAUUCAAACUUACCUUCCGGAUGCCUCGAAAAUGGAUUAUGGCGCACGAAGUUCCUUCCAUGCCUGAUGUUCUGGGUUGGCAACAGUGACUAUGGAUGGUCCAUACCGGAGAAUGAACUUGUGUAUGUUCUCGAGAACAUAUUUAACGCGGUAUAUGAUUCGCGUAAACGAGGACCUUGUGAUUUUGACGUCGAUGGCUUUCCAUUUCAACUGGCAAGCCAACGCAUUCACAAGUGGCGGGCUGCAUUCGGUUCAACAGCUGUCAGUGUUCUGAUGGCAUUCUUUGCUUCAACGCCAGAAUAUGAGACUCAGGAAGCUCGUGAGGAAUAUGCUGAGUAUCAGCUUCAAGACUGUCGCUUCGUGUAUGACGAUCCCGAUAAUGACGAGCAGCCAGGCGCAUUUUUGUCCGAGUACAUUUUGCGCAUUUUUGCUGCCCACCUCACCGCAAUCUCUGGCAAAGUGAGGGUGGAUGCACUCGUCGAAUUUGGCAAGCCUGGUUACCUUACUGCACUCGCGCUAUCGGCUGUGUCAGUAAGUCUCCAUUUUAUUUUCUCUUUCUUUGCUUCCAUUAAACUUGAAUGCUGA